UGCUUUAACUUUUUAUGUUGUUACACUAUCUGUUAUACUAGGAGGAUGCAUACUUAUACUUGGUUUCCUUUACUGUGUAUCCAGAAUUUGUUUCUCAAACUUCUAUGGGGUAGUUUGGGAGAUCACGAUAAGCAAAUUAAAGAAGAAAGGUGAUUGUAAACAGAUAGAUGUUGAUUCGAAAUGCUUCAGAGGACCUGAGAAGGAGAUAGUUCAUGGAAGUCCAUUUUCUCUUUCAGGGGUUUGUUACAAGUAUACAGAUCGGUCCUUGGCACGAAGUGUAUCUCAGCAAAAGGAAGGAUAUUUUGAUAAUCCCGGAUUUCAGGGUUGUAUAGAUCCAGUCGGAUUCAAGGGGUGCAUGGAUCAAGCCGAAUUUAAGGGAUGCACGGAUCCAGCCGGAUUCAAAGGAUUUAUGGAUGUACCCGGACUCAAGGAAGAUAUGGACCCAGUCGGAUUUGAGGAUUGUACUGAUCAAUCCGGAUUCCAAAUACAUCUUAGAAAAUCUCGUUUCCAGAGAGGAUGCCUAGAUCUCUCCGGAUGUCCUACAGUGCUGCUAAGUAUAAAUGAAAACUCAUUAAGAAAAGAACAAAACGAAAAUUUUGAAAAAGAAAUGGAAAAAGAAAAACACGACAUAAAACAAGAACAAGAAAAAAAUUAUAAGAAAACACAAGAACUGGAAAAUAACCAAAAAUAUCUUGAAAUUAAAAUUAAGAACUUAGACAAAGAACCUGAGAAUGAAUUUGAAUGGAUCCAAGAGCAACAACAAAAACAAGGACCAACACAAGAUCACAAUAAAAAACAAGAGGAAGAAGAGAAAAAUCAGAGACAUGGAAAAUCAAAAAAGCAAGCACCAAAACAAAGACAAGAAGAAGUAGAGGAACCAGAGCAAAUUCUAGAAGAGAAAAAGCAGAAACUAGAGCAAUAUCAAGAACAAGAAUAAGUACAGAAAAAUAGAGUAAAAACCAAAAAAAACAAAACAAUAUACUUUCUAAACUAUUCAUGAAUUCUGGAUUAUAUAAAUUUUCCCAUUUAUUUUUUAAUGAUAUAUAUUAGUCUAUUUCUCCCUCUUUUAACCUCAUGACAUGUAUGGAAUAAAGAAAAAAACAUAAUUUAAAAAAAUUUUUAAAUUCACAAAUUGCAGAUCGUCAAUUUUAAAUUUAGGCACUUAUUUUUCAUUGUUGCAUUUAACACAUUUUUAAAAAAGAGAUGAAUCAUAGUGUCUACAAAAUGUACUGGGUAUUUUUCUGGCUUUAUUUAAUGUCCCCUGAUUCUAUAUAUAGGAAGAUUGCAUAGCGUGAAACAUAAUAUUGAUACAAUAUUAUUUGUGUUGAAUACAAUAACAAAUAAUUUAAAAAAAAUAUUUCAGGGAGGGAAGACCCAUCCUCAAAUGUUGUAUAAUUUCAAAUAAAAAAGUUAUUAAAUAAGUUUUUAUGGAUUUUCCACCCUAUGUUUCCGCCUCAAAAUUUAUUUAAAGCUACUUAUAGACAUUCACCGUAAUUGUUUUGUAUUUUUUUUGCUCGUAAGAACGGGAAAAAAUACUUUGUGAUAUAACUAUAUAACCCGGUUUAAUGAUAAGUA